AUGGAUCUGAAGAAUGUGAACCCUUGGGUGGCAGACAGGCAGGCAAAGGAGGCAAGCCAGGCAUUGACGAGCUGUAUUCCCUCGGAGGAUGAUCACCGCUGUCGCCUCUCGCUGCCCGCACCCGUCCACAACCACCGCUACCGCCGCCGACGCCUAUCGCACCCUGAAUCCGUCAACUACCACCACGACAGCGAUGUCGACAAUGACAUGAAGCAAUUGAUUCAGGAGAUCGUGGCAACGGACAAGAACGACGACCGCGGCGGCGGCAACAACAAUGACCUGGAGUCAUUGAUCAUGAACAUCCUCGCCUCGGCGAUAGACGGCAAACACCAAGACGGCAACGGCAUUGAGGUCGAUCUCCUCAUCCAGGAAUUUUUGGAAUCGAGUGCGGGUAAACCAAAGCAAGAUCGAGAAGCCCAAAGGUGCCGGCGAGAUCACAACCAGAGUCAGUCGCGCUGGUCGAGCCCUGCCCACGCAGUUGAGACCUCGGCCAACGUUUCCGCCAGCCUUGGCAAACGUUCUAUUGUCCAAACAGAUAUGGGAGCAGAGACUAAGGAGGUGAAGAGGCCCCGUGACGAAUUGAACGACAAUGGCAGCAGCGCCUCGGGCAAGACGACAGGAACCGCCAACAGACCGUCCGCAACUACUGACACGAAUAGCACCAAGAGGCCCAAGCGACCAUCAGACACCCCACUCGUAAGGGCUAGCUGCAAGAUGUUCAAGGCCGACUUGACAUCGACCACAAGAAAGCCGAAGAACAUGACUGACCUUGCCAUGUUAAGGAAGGAGCAUGAGGUAGCCCGCCAAACACGCCUUGCAACAAUGCCCGCCCCCAGACCCCAUAACGAUGAUAUGGACAAGGAGACUGAGGGCAAAAAGCAAGAAGAAACCAAGGUCAAGGAGAAGGAAACGACCAUGGACACGGAGGAGAAAGGAGAAAAUCCCAAAACCUUGCUAGAUGACCUGCUCGCCAGCAUCCACGACCACAACAAGCGAUAUAACUUGGCAAAGUAA